AUGGCCGUUUCUUUCACGCUUGUGAGGGCGAGCCUCGCCCUCUUCCUUCUCUUGCUUUACGCAGAGGCUGGCGAGCCAGGAGAGCGCAAGAUCAAGACCUUCAUCAGCAGCCUUGACAACGACGACAUCAAGAAGCCGCACGAGAUCGCGGACUUGAAGGAGAGCAGCUUCAAGAAAAUCGAGCCAACUACCGAGUUCGGGCCCCUGGCAGAUCAGCGCGAAUUCAACGAGUUUGUCAAGGCAGGAGAGCUCGCCUGUGAUGGACCCAACUGUCCUUACCGCCAGGCGAUUCUUCCAGGAAGCAGAGGGCGGGUAGGGUCAUACUUCCCGCUCGAUCCCGUUAAGAAGGAGAAGAAACUGGUCGAACACCUCAUCUCCUCCCUCGGCCCUCCCUGUGCUGUCAUGUGCAACAGGACGCAGGUGGACAAGAGCGCUCACACCGUCCUGCUGGCAUCCGCGGGCAAACUCCAAGAUUGCAUCACGGCAUGUGAAGGCGACAAGAAGCAGCGGGUAGAGAAGCUCUUGUCAGAGAUUGAUCGUGUGCGCGCCAAGAAUGCAGAGGCCGUGGAGAAUAGGCCUUCGUCCUACUCGAAGCCCAUCAGCUCCACCAGCUCACUGGAGGCGCCAGCAAGCACCUACUAUGACGAGAACGAGCUUCACUGCAGCGUGUCCGAGAGGACGAGGGUUACUUGCAACCUUUGCCAUGGAUCCAGCGCGUUCAGGUUCCGCGGGUAUCGAGUGGAACUGGCGUUCCCCAACGAGCAACGCUUUGUGCCCUCCUAUCCCUUCUCUUCUCCAGCUGAUCAGAAGCAGCUUCGAGAUUUUCUCAGCCGGGUGUCCCCUGACUCGGUCAACACGUUCAGCCUGUCGCCGUCUCAGGACUCCAUCUGCCUCUCCUGCAAUACUCCCCCCAUGGUGUUUGACGCCCUGGCGCGGGUUGGUCUCAACCUGACUGUGUUCGGGAGCGAGCGAGGCUACGGGCUGAGCGGGACUUGGACUUUCAUGAGAGGGCUGAACAACGAGUACAAACUGACGAGCACCCCUGUCCUUGCUUUCCGCCUUCAUCCCCAUCCCAUUCCCCGCGAGGAAGGGAGAGAAGAGAGAGCGAUCUCUGUGAUCUGGUCGCAAUCGUACCACCCAUGGGAUGAAGCUACGACCCUCGUCCCGCAUCUUCACGUGCACGACGCUGUCGGCGUUCUUCGGUUGCAGGGAGACAUCCAGUUCGACCGACCGGGAGCUCAGAAUUCUCUGCGCAAGAUUCACGCCUACAUCAAUGGGUCGUUGGUGUUCGGAAAGCAGAAGAUGCCCAUCGUCGCGCAACAGCCUCUUGACUCCCCUCAAGGAGUGGCCCAAGGCAGUUUUCAUGGCAGUUUGACCGCUUCCGAGGUUCUCGCCGGGUUUGACUGCCAUUCGGCUGCCCUUACAGGAGCUCCACGUGAGAAUUGCGAUCCGUUCCCAGCUGGUGAGGUGCAUGAGAGGCUGAGCAGCAUGAACCUGCAGUUUGCGACGUUGAGCGAUGUUCAACUGCUCGCUCGCUACUACACAGACGGUGCCGAGAACGUCUUCUACAAGCUAGACGGGACUCUCUCCCUCUGGCCCGACUGCUCCUCCACCAUCUUCUCUACCUUCCAGCAUCGUUCGUCCUCUCUUCGCGAUCUGGUCUUUGUAUGGAUCAUGAAUUUUCAUGCUUCAUCGAGCAAGACGGUCAUGGAGAUGGUCGCGCACCUGACUGGCUCCGCAGCUUCAGCAGACUGGACGCGAUUCGACCUGCACGACAUGUCUCUGAUCGUGUCAAAGACUCCCUACGACUUCUCGGACGCUCCCAUGCAGCUUCCUCUCCUCGUGAACCGCGUUGGUGCGGGUGUGACCAUGACUGUGACUCUGUCCCUCAAGCCCGAGGAUCCAGUGGGUCGGCUGCUGCUGCCCAUGAUGGAGCGCGAGAGGCUGAGUGACGGUCGGAGGGACGUCACCAUGACAGGAGCCUUGCAUGAUGGCAAGAUGGCUCUGACUGCGCCGUUGGGAGACUUGACGCUUGGAGGAGGCUCGACGCUCUCUGACGCUUCUCUGAGGAUCGAGCAGCGCCAGUCAGGCGACUCGUCGGAGUUCUCGGCGGGUCUGACUGGAGUUGUGGUGAUCCCCCUCAAUGGCCUGAGGUCCCAAAGCUUCAGAGCUUAUCUUGCCCUCCAGUUCGCUGAUGACGGCGAGCCGCACCUCGAGCUCGUUGGGUCGCUGCCGUCAGCCAUCAAGGAGUUCCUGGGGUAUGACAGCACGAGUCUGAGAUUCGUGGUGGUUCGCACUCCCUUCUUCUCCUCCAAGGUCUCCUCCUUCAUCGCCGAAGCUGUCCUCUACGCGGGCCCUGCAUGUCAAGAUCACAAGAAGCCGCAAAGAUGCCUCGAUGCUCGAGUGGUAGCUGGGCUCAGCGCCAGGGACUCUCGUCAGGACAUGCUGGCGGGCAGCUUUGGUAGUGUUGAUCUCCGGGAUGUGCUCAGCGUGUACGGUGGCUCCUCUCUCGCGAAGGUUCCUGCUUGGCUCCAGCUGGCCUCCUUCAAGGGAGGCGCGAAUUUCACACUGGCACGGCUCGACCACACAAUCCCCGGGUCGUCCAACAACUUUCACAGUGUGCCAGCAGGAUUCUGUGGUGAGGGCAAGCUUGACAUCUUGGGAGAGGAGGGAGAGGCGAAGUGGGUGGUGGAUCCCAGCACUGGAGCAGCUCUGGUCAACAUCGACAUGCCCCGCGUCUCUCACGGGCAGAUCGAGCUGGGACAGGACAACAGCCCUCCCCUCCUCAAGUUGCAUGUCGAUCCCCAGCACGACUCCAGCUCGGCUUGGCUGCAGGGGCUGCUGCGAGUCGGGUCCCUCCUCAAGCCGGUGGUCUUCGAGCUUCAAGGGGCCGAGUGGCGAUCCGCGUUCUCAGCCCGAUACGGCGAGGCAGGCCUGCCACUCCUUGCUCGCGCGUCCAUCCCAGCCAAGGCAUGGAAGCAGUCGGCCAUCAGCCUGAGUCUCCUGCUGGCCCCCGAGGGUGUCAAGUCGCUGACGCAGCAGCUGCAGCAGCAGCUCCAGAUCCUCUGUCAGGUCCAGCCCGCGGGUUGUGGUGGGAAGGUGCUGAAAGAGCCGCCCGUGGCAAUCUGCCGCAUCAAGUUCGCCACGUUGCACUCAGACGCGACCCCGAGGAUGCUGGCGGAAGCGACGGCAGAAGUUGAUGUUGCGAUCUCAGGUCGACGCCACAAGUUCACUGAGCAGCUGAAGCUCGACGACAUGCACGAGACUGCCAGGAAGUUGGCGACUUUCAUCGUGUCAAAGAACCUCCUGGGAAGAGAAGGAGCAGGAGCAGGAGCAGGAGCAGGAGCAGGAGGAGGAGCAGGAGGAGACUCUGUUGCAGCAUGCGAUCGUGCCGAAGACUUUUCGGCCCUAUACCUCGGCCAACGAGCUUCAACGAUCCCCUUCUCCUCCCUCGCUACCCCUGAGUCUUUGCGCAAUGCACUGAAGCUCGACAACUUGCCCAUCGUCAGCCGGGGAGAGGACGCGGAGCUUCCUGACUCGAUCUCCCUGAAGCUUCUCGAGCAGCGGAGGAAGGCGGCCGAGCGCUACGAGGAUGAGCAGCGAAGAGAUGCGAGGAGGAGAGAUGAGUCCGUGAGACGCCCGGGAAAUGGCGAGAAGGAUGGGAAGCAGGAGGAGAGACAGAAGGAAAAGCUGCAAGCGCCUGUCACCACGAGCUUCUCCGACAAGACUUGGAUCUCAACUGCCCUCGAACCUUCGCCCUCCUCCUCCACGGUCUCUGCGUUGCACCAUCGAACCCAAGGAGCUGACAAGAGCUCGGAGAAGGAGGAGCUUCAACGGUACCUGAACAAGAGCAAGGAGCUGAGAAGUUCCGUGCGGUCUCGUCUGGACGAGCUCAGGAAGUCGAUGCAGAGCCUGCGAAGAAGAGCGAUCGGGAGCAAGCAGAAGGCAGUGGAGCUCGAGAGCGCGAGGAGACAGAGAGGAAGUGGAGUAGCUAAGGGGGGAGGAAAGUCUAUGGUAGCCGGGGAAAUGCGUCAACUCGAUGGUCUCAAUGCGAUGGCACAUGCUGUCUGA